CGGGACGGCGGAGCCAUGUUGCGGGCGGCGGCGGCGGCGCGCGGCGUGAGGAGGGCGGCAUCGCUGCUGCACCAGUUUCAGAGGCUUCAGAGUACGUUGGUCAUAGCAGAACACAACAAUGAGACUCUUACACCCAUUACACUCAAUGCAGUCACUGCAGCAAAACGUCUCGGAGGCGAAGUUUCCUGUUUGGUUGCUGGGACCAGUUGUGACAAGGUAGCACAAGAGCUCAGCAAGGUGCAGGGUGUUGCAAAAGUGCUUGUGGCUCAGCACGACCUAUUCAAGGGAUUUCUAGCAGAGGAGCUGACUCCCUUGGUUUUGGAAACUCAGAAACAAUUUAAAUACACUCACAUUUGUGCUGGAGCAUCUGCCUUUGGGAAGAAUCUUAUUCCCAGAGUGGCUGCUAAGCUGGAUGUUGCUCCUGUUUCUGACAUCAUUGAGAUCAAAUCACCCAACACUUUUGUGAGAACUAUCUAUGCAGGAAAUGUUCUUUGCACCGUCCAGUGUGAUGAAGCAGUUAAAGUGUUUUCUGUACGGGGAACCUCUUUUGAGGCUGCACCAACGAGCGGCGGCAGCGCCAGUGUGGAGAAAGUGACCCCUCCAGCACCUGUUGGUCUGUCGGAAUGGAUUGAGCAGAAGCUGUCAAAAAGUGACCGGCCUGAGCUUACGAGUGCAAGAGUGGUUGUAUCAGGUGGAAGAGGCUUAAAGAGUGGUGAAAAUUUUAAGUUGCUCUAUGAUCUUGCGGACCAAUUGAAUGCUGCAGUUGGAGCUUCCCGUGCAGCUGUAGAUGCUGGCUUUGUUCCUAAUGACAUGCAAGUUGGACAGACGGGUAAAAUAGUAGCACCAGAACUCUAUAUUGCUGUGGGAAUAUCUGGAGCAAUCCAACACUUGGCUGGGAUGAAGGACAGCAAGGGUGGGAAGUCUGACUGUGGAGAUGAGGUAGAGAACCAGAUCUUACAAAAAGUCCCUUCAGCAAGAGGAGGCAGAGGAGGGCUGGGGCUGCCAACUGCAGCUGAAGGCAGAUGCUUUUGGAGCAGCCAUUGCUACUUUGUUUUGGUCAGUGUGACGCAGCAUUUCCCACUGAGGCUUCAGGGCUGUGGGCCUGAAGGAGGAAGCGCAGGGAGCUGAGUCUGCAGGGUUGGUGGCUGGAGGCGUGCUGUGUGGUGAAGGGACAAGCGCUGAGAGUUGCAGUUCCUGCAAGCCUCUCCCUUGUGCCAGGUGAGGGCAGGGGCUGGGGGCCUGCUGCCUGCCCACAGCAGGGCUCGCUGGGGAUGUACAGCUGUGUUCUCUGCAGUCUCAGCCAGUCUGUCCUGCCCACUGCAGCCAUGGGUACGAGUCCUCGUGUUCCUUGGAGAAGCUCUGGGAACACAUGGUGGGGCCUCAGAGCACGGCUUCAGUCUUUUGAAUUAAUAUCCUAUCACAACCUGGGUUUUGCUUCCUGCGCUGUAGAGCUGUUAGCAAAGGCUUGCAUUGGCAAAAGGAGUAACAGAAAUAGAAAAUGAGAAGCUUUGGGAGGAAUGUGUUGGGCAGGUAUACUGGCAUCUUGCAGCUCUGUGCUCGUGAGCUGGCGAGAAGGCAGCAGCAGGGUGCUGCUGUAGGUACUGCCUUGUUGUGUAAACCAUGUGGUUCUCCUUUACAGCAAGUCAUGGGAUACAAACGAGCUGUGAAGGAAGGAGGUUUCUGUAGGCUUAAAAACACAGGAUUUGUGAACUUUCAUCUGUGAGUUAUUGCCACCAAUGUAUGCUACUGAGCCAUUAAUUUUGUCAGGCAAGUACAGUCGGUGGAGGGAGCAAAGCAUAUGAGAACCAUGAACUGUGGCUACCUGGGAAUGGCAGGUAGGUGUGCAGAGGAAAUGUUGGUUAGAGCUGUCCUGGGGAAUCCGUUGCCUCAAAUCUGAGUGGAAGCAGUGAGGUGGAGAGGCAGUGGCAGAGUGCUGUGGUUUAGGCCAACGGGUGUUAGGAUCGUUUUAUGAGCUGUUGCUUAUUUAGAAUUUUGUUCCUCCUUCAUGGAAUCUCCCCAUCCUGUUGGAGAUUCAGCUUUGGACACCCACACUUAUUUUGCUGGAAACUGUCACAGACAUUUACGAUGGGAUUUACCUUUUAUGAAAGAGUUCAAAUUGGGGAAGGCAUUUUCUGGACUGCUGUGUUGGGAUUUAGCUCAAGUGCGUUUUUCUGCUGUGUGACACAAUAAAUUACACGGCCUGCUGUAAGUACGGGGGCCUUUGGCACAGCUCUGUUACAUUUAUUUUAAGUAAGUGCUACCUCUGAUUUAUUUCUGUAAUGUUAUGGCUUAAAUAUUGCAGGUAAUCUGUUGUAGUUUUUUUUUUCCAGACUUUACUUUCUUCAAGGGGGGAGCGCCCCUGCAUGAGGGAUUGUUCAGGAAUAGACUUUGCUGUUAUUAGGACUGCAUGGCUCAGUGUUGGAGAGCGUGAUGGUGGGCUUUCAUGGGCGGUGGGGGUUGGGUUUGGUUUUGAAAGCAAAGCAGAAUGGGAAGAUAUCUGUCAAAUGCUGCAAUCUGUAACCUGCUGCCCCCAAAGCCAGGAGCAAAGUCAGCCCGUUUCCUCAGGUCUCUGCCAUCUGCUCCUCCAUGAUGAUCACAGUGUUCAUGUGGUGCUUU